AUGAAUUGGACGGGCGGCGCGAAGCAGAGGCACUCCAAUGCUGCCGGUUCUCUGAAGCAUCGACAGCAGCAGCACUUCGCGAAAGUCAAGGCCAAUCCCUUAGCAGGGAAGAAGCAAUCACCACGGAAGCAUCCAAACGUUGAUCGCUUGCGCCAACUUCAUGAAGGAAACAGUCGACCUCGACAGCCUUCCGCUGCCAUCAUUGACCCGCGGGAGUCUCACACGUACGACGAUAGAAACACCAGUCAGCGGCAUACCCAAUCUGAUCCGUUCAAGGUUCAUCCAGCCACAUUCGGCGAACCAAAAAAUACCCAUUUUCUUGCCUCCCAGCAGCAUCAUCCCACUACGAUAAAGCGCGAAAAGUCCUCCCGCGCGGGUUUCCACCCUCCCACUUUCCAAUCCCGCGUUGAAGUAAUGGAAUACCAACGAGACUCGGUAUCAGUGGCUUCGGGUGGUUUUGAUCACGAAGCUGAGGGCUCAUUGAUGGAGAAGAGGCGGAAAAUAUUGCUCAAGGGAGACUGGGUCUGUGUUGGGUUUCAGCGUCCUCCGCAGGUUGAAAAUAUCUCAUCACAAAUUAAACACGAUGUCGCGAGGAGAAGGAAAGUUAGGGAUGGUCAUCGGGCAAGAUACAAUAAUGAACCACAAUCCCAUUUUCCUAUCCGGGAUCACGAAUAUCGUCAUCAACAGAAACCUCGAGAAACUCAUGAGCACAUGCCUCGAAAUACUGGUCAACCUGGUGUCCGAAUCUCUAUUGGCGGAAAAUUGACGGCCCCAGGUCUAAGUUCAAGUUCUGCAGUACCUAGAAGCAUACAAAGUCAAAGUUCUCAACGGUUUUCUUCUAAUCGACAGCCAUCAUACUCCUCGGAUGUCAUGCUGCUUGACAACGAAAAAAUGCGAUCAGGGAGUAUGAGCUCCCGGGGUCUGUCAAAUGUUCAGUUGGCAAAUGAACGUAGGGCCACGCCGGAAGAGCAAAGGCAACCUAUCUUCUGUCCAUCUUCAGCCUCUCUCGUCCAUCCUGUUCCCAGAAGCACCAGAGUAGCCCCGAUACUACGAAGAGAAUCCGUCGAGAGGGACGCUGCUGAUAGUACUAUUGCUCAAGUUGGACGAAACAGACCGAUAGUCCCAAGUUCUGAGGUUCUAGAUAAUUCCAUAUGGGAGACUUGGAUGGAGGCAAUGAACCCCGAAGAUAACAGCAAUACAGAAUCCACAACUGACAAUCAAAACGUUCAUAUAAGUCCUGGCGUCAGUGCUGCGCCGACUUACGGACCAAGAUACGACAUCACAGAGGUUGCAGGGAUGGAUCAUUUUGACGAAUUUUCAACGGAUCUGGGUCCUUUCAAACCCGUGGAUAUCCCACGAGAGCUCUCGGACAGUCGAGAUGAAAAAAAUAAUACAAAUGGAUACUCGAUUGAUGACCAAUCUGAAAUUCCUAGUUAUUUCGGAGAGGGAGCUGAGGCUUACACUGAGUCCGAUAUCCUGGAUGUCAAUUCAGCAAGCGGAGGGUACACCGAAGAAUCAAGACAGGAUUUCAAAUUAAUGACACAUAGCGCACCUAGUUCUUCGCCAACAAGUUAUCGCAGGUUCAAGAUGCCAUCACCACUUCCGGAACUGGCAUCCGAUGAAGACAACGUAUCCAGUCCUUCCAUAUCACAUUCGCCCAACCAUAAAGGCCACACAGUAACAGGGUCUCCAAUAUUCAAUCAGCGAAUUAACCUUAAACAGCAAGAGCCUGAAUUAACUCAGCAGAACGAUACUGGUGCUAUGUGGAAUGCUCUGGCAAAAGCUUUGGAACCACCGGUUUUAGAAGAAAGCGCGGCUGACGAUGUGUGGAGAAAAUUUGUAUUUGGAAGCGAAGGAGAAGACGUCGAUAUAUUUGGUCAACAAGUAACACUUGGCGCAUCGAGUCUUGGACCGUCUCGUGGGUCGUCUGUCAUGGUGCAACAACCCUCUAGCAACUUCGAUUCGCAUGGAGUUCCUCCAAAUACUACCAGCCCAUCACGAUUGUUUCCUUUGGAACAACCAACGACGUCUCUUAGUGACUAUCGUAUGGAAGAUUAUGGAUCUAGUUACCUGGAACCAGACGAAUGGACCUACUCGGUGGGUACUCGGACGGAUUGUGCUACGAAAGGCGGAUCGGCCAGUUUGGCAGCUGUAGAGGUGGUUUCGUCCGCAACAUCAAAUGCGUUCAGGACAACCUUGGGUGGAGGUACAGAUUUUUCAACGACACAGACAGAUCGACGAACCUUUACCACAAGCAGCCCGCUCCAAAGACCAACGAAAAAAGUCAUGUUUACUAAACCAACUCCUUUCAGCAGCUCGCUAACCGAAGCAAGCUGA